AUGGCGACAACGGGAGAAGUUCAGCAAGAAUACCCGGAGGACUUGCGUGAGAUGCUAGCGAAUCUCCCUGCUUGUCUCAGAUGCCGAGCCAAACACAGAAAAUGCGACGUAUUGCUCCCCAGGUGUCGCAAUUGUGCGAAAGCUGGCGUCGAAGACUGCGUUUAUCACGAUCACAUUCUCGGCAGCGAACUGAAGCGAAGCGCCAUCGUUCCGCUCAUGCAGCGCCUACAGAAACUACGAAGAGAAAGGAAUAAGAUUGCACAGGGGGCACCAACCAUUGACAGCAAGACAGCAUUUCCGUCUCGUGCAAUCCCAUUGUUCUUCGGAGAAAGUGCUUGCAUACCCAGAUCCUCAGCCGCACCGCAGCAGCCAGUGGGACUUGACUCCGGGAGCGAUCUGAGCUCGCUUCUGUAUGCCGAACUGCUCUCCAACCAGCAGGACAUGCCCAGAAUGUCAAGUGAGCUGCAUAACCAUCUUUCGCAUCACUUUGCGACACAUAUACACGCCCUCUACCCUAUUCUAGAUGUCAGAGAUCUCGAGGUCAGCCGCAGCGAACAAGCCCGCAGCAUUCCGUCAUCAUCACGAGACUUCACCCAGAAUAUGAUCUGCGCUAUCUCAUGUGCAUCACUGUCAGAUCAAGGCUUAAGAGCGCAAGAUCUCAUCCCUCUAGCGUGUAACUUCUACGAGAAAGCCAUGGAAAGAAUACAAGAUGUAACAGAUAAUGUCAGCGUCCUAACCCUGCGAAGCACUGCUCUACUGGCUCUCUUCAGCUUGUUCGUGCCUAAACAAGGCAACUUCACACAGCUCAUCAGCCUAGCAGCCAGGCUAUGCCUUGAUCUUGGCAUUCAGAAAACAGAAGAUGUUGCUCUACGCAAAUUAUAUCUUUCAGUCAUAUGCAUGGAACGUCAGGUAGCUCUGACUCUAGACAGGCCCUGGCUCCUGCCUACAAUCGAUGCAAAUCCUGGAUCACGAGAACCUGUUGACCUCCUAUGGUGGAUGCUUUCUCUUCAGUGCACUCAGCGUCGAAAGUCCUCUGAAGAGGCUCAGACCUAUCCCAACCCAAGCCUGGACGAGUUGGACAUCGUGAUUCACCAACUUCAACUCCAUAUCCCAGAUUUGCUGGCUGUCUUACGGCAGACACAGCUAGCAAUGGCUGAAGCAAGCUUUGCAAACACUUCUGGCACGACGCAAACAGCGGCAGCAUCACUAAUCAACACGUAUUACACCACGCCGUGCUUACCGACCUGCCUCCUCCCACACUGGGUUUUCAAAGCAACUAGCAUUUGUUCGAAUGAGCCUUCGUCCGCCGCCUAUCGCCAUGGCUUGCUCCUUCUGGAUCGUCACAGAGCAAGAUGGCCCGGGUGUGUGUCACUGAUACAUAAACUGGAGGAGACGACCGGAUGA